CUUUUUUGGAGCUAACUAUCCCAAUGUCUCAUACUCUAGAAAUCACAAUUUUAAAUGCUGAAAACCUCCACGUGAAUAAUGAAAACUACAUAAAGAAAAAUGCAUUUGUUUCUCUUUGGUCUGAUUCAAGUUCAACCAAUGAAAAUUGUUACUCCACCAAAGAAAACUCAGAAGAAUGUGAUGGUGGAAACUGUGUUUCAUGGAACGAGAAGCUUGUAAUAGAAGUGCCAUUGAAGUCAAGGUUUAUAAUAGCUGAUGUGAAAUACAAAACAUCAUGGGGGAAUAUUAAGAGUGUUGGAAUGACAAGAAUACCAGUUUCAGAUUUGCAUGUGCAUGAUAAUCAUGUUCAGUUUUUGAGUUAUAGGUUAUGGGACAGUAAGGUUAGGAGAAAUGGUGUUAUCAAUAUUUCAGUGAGGGUGAAAGCAAUGGAAUAUUCUUUUCCGGUAACCGGAAUUCCGGUCGCUGGCAAUGGUUCCGGUGAGAUUGUAACUGGGUUUCCAGUUUGGUUGAGCAAUCAUCAAAGAAACUGUUAAUGUGUUACUUUUGUUGUUUUUUUUGUUAUUAGACAGAUGUUAGUUGAUGUUUUGCUUGUUAUCAGACAUCAGUAUUUAAACACAAAAUGCAAUCUAUAAACCCUAACUUUGAACAAUAGAUAUAUUAGUCAAACUUUGUAGUCAAAUAUUACGUUGUUUUAACAU